UUUUAGGUGUAUUCUUGGACCAGUUUAUGAGUUGGGAUGUUCACGUUGAAUAUGUUAAUAAGAAACUAAAUUGUUCAUUCUAUGCUUUAGUACAGUUGAAGAGAACACUCAGUAUUAAAACUCUCAUUAAUGUAUAUUAUUCUUUGGUUUAUUGUCACCUUACUUAUAAUGUUACGUUAUGGGGUAAUUCCACAAAAUCAGACACAGUGUUUAUUAAACAGAAGAGAAUUAUUAGACUUAUCUUCAAUAUUCCUUUUGGGCAUACUUGUAAGCAAGUUUUCAUUAAUAACAAUAUCUUACCGUUGCCUUCCAUAUAUAUCUUGAAAUCCAUAUUGUAUAUUAAGCAUAAUUUACAUUCAUUCAAGAGAAAUUCUGAUUUACAUGCAUACUCAACUAGGAAUGCCAAUCAGUUUGUUACUGUUGGUCACAAACUAUCCAAAUUUGAGAAGUCCACAGAUUAUGUGGGGGUCAGGCUAUAUAAUCAUCUUCCAAAUGAAGUUAGAUCUUUGCAUCCGGUGAAAUUCAAAAGAGUUGUGAAAAGUAUACUAUGUAAACAUGCAUUCUACAGUGUAGAAGAAUACUUAGCAACUAGAUUGCUGUUAUGAGUUCUGUCUAAUAUUAAUAAUUUUCAUAUUUAUCAAUGUACAUUAUGUUAAAUCUAAAAUUUAAGUGUAUGUAUAGGUAUUUGAUUAUGUGUCUGUGACUAUAUUGUGUUGUAUAUCUGACGUGUAUAUCCAUCUUUAUGAUGGCAGCUGUAAAGCUAUACCAAUAAAGUAUUCUAUUCUAUUCUAUUCUAUUCUUUCAUUUUUCCAACUGUAUCUGUAAUAUACGCUGAGCUCGUAGGUAGAGGGGAUAAUUAAAAAAUCGCGAGAGCCAGUAGUGACAAGUCUGUAAACCUUUACUGGAAAUUUGACAUAAAUGUCAAAGUGAAUAAUUUAAAAUUGAAAUUAAAAACAUUAAUUAGAAAAAAUAUUAGUUGGUCAAAGCUGUGGUAUAUAUUUUUAUCUUAAGUAUACUUACGGUUUAAAUACUGAAUUAAGUUUUUUUAAUAUUUUGUAAUACCUAUCUAAUUAUAAUUAGAUAUAAAUCAUCUAAGCGCCAUCUACACGAUAAUUGUGAAUGUAUCUGAAGUAAGAAAUUAAUAUUUCAUUAAGAGAACGUUAAAACAGUUAGCAAAAUUUUUAAAAAAUCGAUUACAAUUUAAUUACUUUUUUGCAUUGUAAAUAUUAAGCGAUAACAAUUAAAUCAUAAAUUUAAAAAUUACUGGUGAAAGUUGAAUUAGUAAUCCGCUAGGAGCGACACCAGCGAAGCUCAGAGCGUAUAAGUGGGUGCGUUUGGACGACCAUAGUGGCUGACUGUCAGCAGAAAUCGGCUGAGUGGUUGUAUCCAGCUGUGACAGGGAAAGCUUAGUAAAUCUCUCAGCGGCUGACUUCCAACGGUGACGUCUGACAGCUACUGCUGGCUCAGCUGUCCAGCCGCUGUGGUCAUCUGAACGCACCCAGUGUCAGUCAUGUUUUCCUGUAGUAUAAAAGGCUUAGAUAGAAGGUUAUGUAAGAUUUUUGUUUGUUUAUUUUUUCUUCUUCUUCUGUGGCCUUUGGAAGCUGUGCCCAUUUAGCCAGCAACAUUUCUUAAAAUUAAUGCCUAACUAAACCUACCAUACAAGAAAACCAUUAUGAACCUAAACGACCAAUCAAGGAUACGGAAGGGAAAGUAAAGUUAUUUAAAAAAUAAACUGUUGUUAAAAUAUAAACUAAAUAAAUAAAAUAUAAAUUGAAAACAAUAAUUUGACAUUAUAAAUGUAACCUCCAAUAUUAUGACAGACGUCAGUUACCAUGACAUCAUAUAUUAUACUCAUCACUAAUUCUAGCCAAUGAAAUGCUUGCUGUAAUAGGAAUGGCAUAUCAAAAAAAUCUGACUAUUCUCUAUAUAUUUUUUCAAAUUUAGAAUAUGGCAACAAGGGGAAAGUUAUGUGCAUUCCUCAUUGUUUGACUUUUCCUAUAUCUUUAGUAUCAGGUCAUGGUACAAUACAAAUACUUCUUGCAAUGAUUGGAAGUAAUGCAGAACAAGAAUUGAAUUUGGAAUCGCCGAGAAAAAGGAUUGGUGUACAAAAUAAGAAAGUAUAUAAAGGACAACAAACAUCUUCCAUAAGCGAUCAAAAUUGUAUAACUGAAAUUCAGGAAAUAGAUUCUGCUCCACCUUUAGGUUUCCAUACUUCUAAAGGAAAAACGGACCCUUAUAGGCUCGCUAUAUACUUAUACUAUGGCCAAAAAGCGGUAGUGAGAAUAGAAGAUAUAACAUCAGAAGAAAUAGAAAUGAAAAAAAAGGUGUUCGACAAGGGUGUAUACUUUCACCAAUAUUAUUUUAUAGGUACUCGGAAGACAUAUUAAGUAAGACAAUGGAUGAAAUAAACAUAGGCAUUAGAAUUAAUGGCAUGAUCAUAAAUAACCUGAGAUACGCUGAUGAUACAGUUCUUUUAGCCGAAUCACAUGAAAACCUACAGAUACUGCUUACUUAAUAAAGUGACCGCAGUAAGUGGAGAAUAUGGACUAUCGCUUAACAUAAGCUUUAUUCCAGCAAUGUUCCAUUAAUUUUAUCUGUCUCUUCCACAUUAACCAAGAAGAGGUGUUGAAAUUUCCGAUACAUUUCCAGUGGAUACAUUACCAGCUAUUCGUGAUGAAUAAUGAGUAAUACAGACUUAAAAAUUCAUACAGACCUAGCAGUCAUUACUUAGCUUUUGAUUAAAAUUGACAAAUCUAAACGCACAAGUGGUCUAUUACUUUUCUGUCCAAAAAAACGUUUAUAUGUUUUUUGUCAUUUUGAAUUAAACACCUAUAAGUUCAUUUAUGCUUUAUGUUUCUAGCUUGUUUCUAUUUUUGAAGUUAUUAGGUGCGAUUGGGAAAAAUGUUGUGAGUUUUUUAUAAAACUAACAGUAUGCACUAUUGUGCACACAGACAGUAUAAAGUUAGUUGCUAAAUCUUUCAAGUUACGUAUCGGUGGAAAUAAAGUGUGAACAAAAUA